AUGCCAAUAAAAGAAACUCUAGUGAACAGACUCGAGCGCCGAAAUUUUAAUCGUAUCAUUGUGUAUGUGUUAUUCUAUUGUCAUGCUGUCAAAAGGAGCACCGCAGCUGAGAUGCCGCACGAGUGCGCCUACCGCAGUCUCGAAGCGGAAGCGCCGGAGAAUGCAGUACUGUUCUGCAAAAUUCGAACUAUAAUCAGCUUGGAAAGUCUUUUGCAAAACAUCAGUCGGACUCAUUUUGAUGAUUUAAUUUCUUUGCACGUUCAAUGCAGUGAAAUUUUAUUCUUUGAGAGUACACUUGUACCGCACACAGAGAGAAAUUCCGGAAAAAUUAACAAUCUGAGUAAACUGCGAGAUCUUGUCAUCGACAAAUGCAAAAUACGUCAGAUACCGGCACGGGCUUUCGAAAACUUUAAAGAUCUGAAGCGGUUGCAUGUUACAACGCACAAUAGUGAAUGGUCUGCAAUGACAAUGGAGCUGCAUGAACACGCGUUUUCAGGUUUGAAUGAACUUAUCGAGCUCGAUUUAAGUGACAACAACGUUUGGAGUACUAACACCGAGACAUUUUGCUGGUUGUUUAGCUUGAAAACACUAAAUCUAAGUAAAAAUCAUUUGCAAAAUAUUAAAACUAUUGGUUUUUCUGACUCAUUAAGAGAGCAAAAUUUGAGCGUGAGAAGUUGUAACUUAGUUUUAGAGACACUAGAUUUGUCUUAUAAUGAUUUAAUUGUUGUAACUGAUAACUGUCUCUCAAAGCUUCGUUCAUUAUCGAAAUUAUUUCUGCAAAACAAUGCAAUCUCAAGUUUAGAGAAUGGUGCUUUUGGCGGACUACUUAGUUUACAUGUUUUAAAUUUAUCUAGUAAUUUUAUAAAUACUGUUCCACCUGAUCUCUUUUCAGAUACCAAAUCGUUAAAAGAAAUAAUUUUAAGUAAUAAUACAAUUAAUGUGCUGCCUCCCGGUCUCUUCAGUGGAUUAGAUCAACUUCAAACAUUAGAUAUUUCACAUAACGACUUAACUAGUCAGUGGAUUAAUAGGGGAACGUUUGUAGGGUUGUUACGUAUGGUAAUUUUAAAUUUAUCAUAUAAUAAACUUACUAAGAUAGACCGUUUUAUGUUUCAAGACUUAUAUAGUUUGCAAAAGUUAAACUUAGAACACAAUGAUAUAAUUACAAUUGAAGAGCAUGCGUUUGAAGAAUUAAGAAAUUUACAUUCACUUACCUUAUCACAUAAUAAACUUUCACAUAUUCAUACCCAUCUCUUUACUGAUUUGCAUGUUUUACAUGAAUUAUUUAUCGAUAAUAAUAAAAUAGUACAUAUUGAUGAAAAUGCUUUUGACAAUAUGACCACUAUAGAAGAUUUAGGCCUGAACGACAAUUUAAUGUCGUCUAUUCCCCCUUCUAUUCAUAAAUUACGCUCACUAAGGUCAUUGGACAUUGGAAACAACAAUAUAAGCUACUUAAAUAAAGACAAUUUUCGAGGCUUAUCUGAAUUAUUUGGUUUGCGACUAGUUGAUAACAAAGUAACUUAUUUAAAUGAAGAUACUUUUGAGUAUUUACCUCAAUUACAAGUUCUUAAUUUGGCUUCAAAUAAAAUUAAAUACGUAACGCCUGGCUGUUUUCGCAAAAAUAUAAAUUUAAAAUUAUUACGUAUGGAUGGAAAUGAUAUAACAACAUUUGACGGUAUAUUUUCAACAUUAAAUAAUUUAGUUUGGCUUAAUAUGUCCGCAAAUAAAAUAGUAUCAUUCGAUUUCAAAAGUUUUCCUAGUAGCUUAGAGUGGUUGGACUUGCAUAUGAAUAACAUUGAAAGUUUUUUUAAUGACGACUUGUACUCCAAUGGCAAUAUAAAAUUAUUGGAUUUAAGCUACAAUAAUAUUACUCAGCUGACAGUAACAUCAAUACCCAAAACUGUCGAAAAGUUGUAUUUAAAUGACAAUUACAUUCAGCAUAUUCAAGUUGGUACAUUUUCUAAACUUCAAAAACUGUCAAUAGUAACUCUUAAUAAUAAUAAACUUGUUCAACUUGACAUGAAUGCUUUUAGAAUAGAUCAAAUUGAUGAAGAUAGUGAUUUGCCUGAGUUCUUUAUAAGCGGUAACCCAUUUAUUUGUGACUGUUCAAUGGAAUGGAUUCAACGCAUUAAUUAUUUGAGCCAUAGUCGACAGUACCCGCGUGUCUUAGAUCUAGACAAGGCAUAUUGUUCACUUGUACACUCACGUUCUAAGCUGAAAAAGAUGAUUAUCGAUAUGUCACCUUCUGAUUUUCUUUGUCCUUAUGAAAGUCAUUGCUUCGCCCUGUGCCAUUGUUGUGAUUUUGUUGCAUGCGACUGUGAAAUGAUUUGUCCCAAUAAUUGUAAGUGCUAUCACGACAUAACAUGGAAUGCGAACGUUGUUGAUUGUUCCAACGCGGGCUACACUGAAGUACCAGAACGCAUUCCCAUGGAUGCUACAGAAAUUUAUUUAGACGGAAAUCAUAUAACUAAUUUAGGGAACCACGUGUUUAUUGGAAAAAAGAAAUUACAAGUCCUUUAUCUUAAUAAUACUAAAUUAAAAGAAGUUAAUAACCAAACUUUCAAAGGUGUGGAUUCUCUGCGAGUUUUACAUUUGGAAAAUAAUAAAUUAGUCGAGUUAAAAGGUGACGAAUUUUUACAUCUUAACAAUUUAAAUGAGCUGUAUUUAGAUCAUAAUGCAAUAGUUUAUGUAGCAAAUAACACAUUUUCCUCAUUAAAAUCACUCUCAGUUCUCAGAAUCGACGAAAAUAAGCUUGUGAAUUUUUUCCCUUGGAAGUUAUUAGCUUCAUCUUCCAAAAGUUUAGCUCACGUAUCCAUAGAAGGUAAUCAGUAUUCGUGUGAUUGCAAAAGUAUUGCUGAACUUGAUUCAUGGCUUCGCCGAGAUCCUGGCGACCCCGAGAAAAUGCUAUGUACUGACAAUGAAGGCAAACCCACUAAAAUAACUAUAGCUUCCGUGUUAAGUCAUUGUAAAGAGUAUAUGGGCACAAUGAAUGAUCCAACAGUUUCUAAGAACGAAAUAGUUUCCACCUCAUUAUUUCUUCCUGAUAACUAUUUUGCUGUUAUAUGCGGUAUUAUAAUAAUAAUUGUUUUGAUCUGCCUAAUAUGUGCGAUUUUCUACGCUUUUAGAUACGAUGUCAGCGAUUGGUUAUAUACAAAGUACGGCGUGCCUUUGUUCAAAGAACAGUCGUGUCCUAACGUUGAUCAUAUGUUAGAAGGCAAUCCAAACCAUAUGUACGAUUAUUACGUGAUAUGCAAUACCAAAGAUACCCAGUUUAUUUAUCAUAAUAUAAUGUCAGAGAUAGAGUUUAGAAAAAUGACAGCUAAAAAACUUUCAAUGAACGAAUCCACUUUAAACAUAUUAACCUUGGAUAGUUUCUCUAAGUCUUCAAGACUAACGAAACGAUUAUUAGUAAUCCUAACAACAAAUUUCAUAUGCAACGAUCUUUGUGACAUUCAUUUUAAAAACAUGUUUUAUAGUUAUUUAAAAUCACUAAAUCGUAGCGAUUUGAAUAAGGUGAUAUUCAUUAAGAUUGUAGAUAACAACCAAAUAAAUGACGAGCUCGGAUUUUUAAUAGAUAAGUUUAAAAAUAUAUCGUGGAAUGAUCCCCGAUUUUGGGAUAGAUUUAUCGCAUUGCUCAAUUCAACUGAUACUAUUAUAACUGUUAAAGGUUCAGAGAAAAACGUUUUUAAAAAGUCCUUACGCCACACUCCAACGUUAAGGUAUACAACAAUGCCAGUUUCAAAUGAUACUUGCUCAAAGCCGAAUUUCACCAAUUCACUGCAAUAUUGUAAAAGGAACGAUGGAGAGUCGUCACAGAAUGAAAGUUCUCCUUCCUCUGAUAAUAACACGUAUGGUGAAGGGAACAAUUCUAACAAUAGUUACAUGUCAAUUGACAACAGACCAUGUUCGCGUUUUAAUUGUGACCUCAGGCUAUCUCCGAGUAGUGGUCACGUAUAUUCUAGGGUGGAAGAUAUUUCGCCGACCACUUCUCGUUCUGUAGCAGGAUCAUGUUUAGCUAAAGGACGCACGUACUUUGUUUGA